AUGUUUUUCGUCUUUCCGUUUCCUACGUCCCCCCGACAGAGGGUUGAACGAGUAAUGAGGGUACUUUAUCAGUUGGGUGCGGCGAUUUUCGUCAUUAGUUACGUUGUGCUUCUAACCGAGGCUGACGUUCGAUUGCAGGCAGGUAUGCAUGGCAGCUUCAGCGCUCCCGGCGCGAAUCUUUCUGAUUCGCUAGAAAUGGUGAUGAGUAACUGCGAGUACGAAGGCAUAAUGCCAAUUUACGGUGUCGGAGUGGUGGUGGGUGUCAACGCUAAGUCUCUUCCCUUUGCGAUUAUUUCUAUGCUGCAACACAUGCGCGCUGUUCUAGUUGUGCAGUUCCUGGCGGCCCUCAACGGUGUUGCGGGUGGGUAUUGCUACUCCACCAAUAUUCGUCAUAUGCAUUUGUUUGGUCUACACGUACCAGUGCAUCUCAUUUUAAAUGUAUUGGCAUACGUUUUGACCGUCACGAUCAUCGCGCUUGUGGCGGUGUCAGGUCCUGUUCGGUCUUACUACAGUGCCAGUUUGGAAUUCUGUGCGGCUAAGCUCGCCGAGGAAGAUAACGAGAAACUUCUAGAGUCUGGCUUUGAUGGGUUCCAUCUGUUCGGAACCCGGCUCGAGUGGGCUAUGGGAGCAGCCAUUGUCAACCUUAUCAUAUACACAAUCGGACUUGUCACACGGGUAUAUAAAUCACACGAUCCGGCAAUAGCCCUUUUUUCAAUGUCAGACGUACCGUGGGAAAAGACUGGUAUAAGGCUUUCUGUAGAUAAGGCAGCACUCAGCAUUCAUACCGCGGCACGGGAGAGGAUCAUAUCGGAGGCUCGUGAUGCUAUUGGGAGAGGGGAACGAGUCCGCAUCGUGCGAAGUUAUGCCCUUAUGACAGAAGCCGACUACAACGAACAGGUGGAGGAAAUGCGAAGACUAUUCGCCACCCGCGCCCAGGAAGAGCAGUUCAAAAAUAUGCACUCUCUGUUGGAGGAUGAACCUCAUGCGGGAGGAAGCGCGAUGCAUUGGGGCUCUUCGGGGCUGCAAAAGGCGGAGCCACUGAGGCCGGAUGGGACUCCUGUGGUGCAGGGUGUCGGCGACACCGUGCCCCCGUUUGGCUCAGGGAUGAUGGGACGUGGUGCUGACAAUUUAGCUGAUGUUUUUAAUGUCGAUAACCUCAGUGACUUAUCUCUCAAUAGAGCGGGUUUGGCCCCAGGAGCUGUGGGGGGUUUCGACGCAUCGGUAGGUGACAACCAAGCGGCAACGGUACAACAAUGGCAGCGUCCUGGCAGUAUAGGGUAUCCUGACGUCUUUGGGGGAGAGAGGCAGAAUGAAAGCACAGCCUUUGGUGAUGGAGGCACUGCAUUUACUCCUGACGCCCUGCAGGGUAACGAUGAUUUUUCUCACGCAUUUACAAACAUUUCAGACACUAGAAGGGUAGUUUCCCGUCGGCGCACUGCGACUGGGGCGGUGGCAGGUACUAGAGCCAAUGGCAGCCACGAGCCCCACAAUUUAAGUGGGGAGGAGCUUUGGGACGUAAGUAAUUUUGGAGACGAUAACGCACUUUCCCCACGCAUCGAUUCUCCUGACGCACUAUAG